AUGACAGUUCCCUCAGAGCCCUCUACUACAGUUCCCUCAGAGCCCUCUACUACAGUUCCCUCAGAGCCCUCUACUACAGUUCCUUCAGAACCGUCUACGACAGUUCCCCCCAAAACCUCUACAACAGCUCCCUCCAAUCCCUCUACUAGAGUUCCCUCAGAGCCGUCUACGACAGUUCCCUCAGAACCGUCUACGACAGUUCCCCUCAAAACCUCUACAACAGCUCCCUCCAAUCCCUCUACUAGAAUUCCCUCAGAGCCGUCUACGACAGUUCCCUCAGAGCCGUCUACGACAGUUCCCCCAAAAACCUCUACGACAGUUCCCUCCAAUCCCUCUACAACAGCUACACCUGUUUCAGUGCCAAGUAAAAAGACAAUGGGCAGGAUAGAAACAGAAACAACAGUCAAGUCACUGAUAGCCGACGACUCACUGAAGAGCUCACCAAACUACAACAGGGUGAGUGCAGAGACGUCUUCGGUAGAAGAGGAGGAUGAAAGUGAGUCCCGAAAAUCUUCAGAUGAGAAUGAAUCACCUUCAGGAAUCAGUAAGACAAAGAACACAGAGCUAGAAGAGUCUCCGCUAGAAGAGAAAGAAACACUGUCUUCAACAGUGAAUGAAAACAAGAGCACCAUGUUUUGUAUAAAGAGGGUGCACUGGUGCAAAUUCAGGGGUGAUGGAGGGGAACGUGUCCCCAGUGUGUCAUGUCACUUAGCUGAAGUUAUGCCUACUGCAGGGGUGGAUUAA